CUGCAGAUUCCACACGCUUUUCCCCAAACAAAUCGCCGCCGCCAUGGAGGAGAAGAAGCUGUCCUUCUCCAUCGCCCCCAAGCCCAGGCCGCCCAAGCCGCCCAGCUCCGCCACCAAAGGCAACUCCGCAUCCGCAUCCGCGACCGCCGCCCCCGCCCAGCAGUUCGUCACCGAGUUCGAUCCGUCCCAAACCCUAGCCGCCGGCGCCGCGCCCGCCGUCAUCGCGCCGCUCGCCAACUCCGGCCACUUCCUCAACCACCGCUCCCGCAAGCCCUCCUCCCUCCCGACCCCCGAGGAGGAGGCCGCGCUCGCCGCCUCCACCGCCGGCGGGCCCACCUUCGUGCUCGACACCUCCACCAACCCCGACAACCCCUCCUCCCACAUAGGCUACGGCCUCACCCUACGCAGCGGCGACGCCGAUGCCGAGUCGGGCAAGCCUUCCGCCGCGGAACCGGAGAAGAAGCCGCCCUCUCCGGCCCGAGACGGCUCCAGCGGCGACCUUAUGCUGCGGCGGUACAAGGAAGACAUGGCCAGCCUCCCCGACCACCGCGGUAUAGACGAGUUUGAGGAGGUCCCUGUGGAGGGAUUUGGUGCCGCCCUCCUUGCUGGCUAUGGCUGGUCGCAAGGUAAAGGCGUCGGUAGGAAUAACAAGGGGGAUUGCAAAGUUGUUGAGUAUCAGCGCCGGGCUGGUACGCUGGGGUUAGGCUAUGACCCCUCUGAGGCUGAUCCCAAGAAGACCCGUUCCGGCGAAUGGGUUAUCGGUGGGAAGAAGGGUGCGGAGAAUGGAAAUGGGAAGAAGGCUGCCGAUAAUGGGAGUGCGAAGAAGAGAGAUAGGGACAGGGAAGAUAGAGCUGGGGAGAGGGAUUCGAGCACUCGGCAGAAGAGAUCUGGUGACCAUAGGACAGAGAGGGAGGUUAAGGAGAAAGAUAGAAAUGCUCGGGAUAGCCGAGAAGGCGAGCGGAGUCGUGAUGUUACUAACAAAGUGCGGUGGUUACAGAGCAAUAUCAGGGUUAGAGUGGUUACCAAGAGGCUCAGCAAAAGGUUGUACUUGCAGAAGGGCAGAAUUGUCGAUGUGGUGGGGCCUACAACAUGUGACAUACGGAUGGAUGAGGGGUCAGAGCUGGUGCAGGGGGUGGAGCAGGAUAUGCUCGAAACAGUCCUGCCGCGGACGAGCGGGCGAGUGCUCGUGCUCUCUGGGAAGCACAAGGGGGUGUAUGGGCAUCUGGUAGAGAAGAAUGCAGAGGCAGAGACUGGCCUGGUGGAGGAUGCUGAUACAAAAGGCAUGGUUCGUGUGAACUAUGAUCAGAUUGCAGAGUAUGUUGGGGACCCGGAAUUGCUUGGACAUUGAUCAUUUCUUCUUCUUGAGGAGUGGCCAUCUUGUAUACCAGGAGCUCUUCUACUGUGCUAGGUAACAUCUGCUCCUUGUUAGUAAUAAACUAUCAGUUGCUGUUUGGAUGUAAAAUGUUGAACACAAUGUCAGUCGCUGUAUUACUAUUGUUUGUUGCUUGGAUGUAUAAACCGUCA